AUGCUGGUGCCCACCGCUGUCUGGUACGGGGGUCACGACUGGCUCGCCGACCCCAAGGACGUCAGCACGCUGCUGCCCCGCAUCACCAAGCUGGUGUACAGCAAGCUCCUUCCGGAAUGGGAGCACCUGGACUUUCUCUGGGGCCUGGACGCCCCUUGGCGACUCUACAGCAGAAUCGUGAGCCUGAUGAGGAAGCACCGGGCGGGUGGAGUUCGCAGCUCGCAGCGGCCGGCCAGGCGGCCAGAUGGGGAGCAGGUGGGGGAGCCGGCUGGGGAGGGUGUUUCGGCCGGGCCUGGCCGGGCGGGGAAGGGCGGGCGGGCGCGGCGUCACGGGGCGGGCCGGGCGGCCGGGAGCCCAGAAAAGAGGCCGCGGCGGCGGCCGCGGCGGCGGCGGCGGGGGAGGCGGAGGCUGCGGGCCAUGGAGGGCGCGCGGGGCAACUGCUCGCGGCUCCCGGGGGCGGGGGCGGGGGCGGCGGGGCGGCUGGUGCUGCAGCCGCUCUGGGACCGGCUGCGGGCCGGGGGCCGCCUGCAGUCGCCGCUCUUCCCGCUGCUGUUCGCCCUGGGCGCCUACGUGGGCUGCUGCCUGCCCUUCGUGCUGCUGGACCUGCUGUGCCCCUGGGUGCCCGCGCUGCGCCGCGCCAAGCUGCACUCGGACCCCGCGCCGCGCGCGCCGCAGCUGCUCCGCUGCCUGGGGGCCACCGCGCUGCGGCUGGCCGGGCUGCUGCUGCCGCUCUGGGCGCUGUCCCCCGCGCUGUCCCCCGCGCUGUCCCCCGGCCCGCCGCCCGCCCGCGCGCCCGAGCUGCCGCGGCUGCUGCUCCACGUGGCGCUGUGCCUGCUGCUGUUCGACGCGCAGGUGUUCGCCUGGCACCUGCUGCAGCACCGGCUGCCCUGGCUGUACCGCCACGUGCACAGGCUGCACCACCGGCACCGCGCGCCCUCGGCGCUGACCACGCAGCACGCCAGCCUGUGGGAGCUGGGCGCGCUCGGCCUCCUGCACGGCCUGCCCCCCGCGCUGCUCGGCUGCCACCCGCUGUCGGCGCUGGCCUUCCACCUGCUCAACACCUGGCUGGCGGUGGACGCGCACGCCGCCUACGACUUCCCCUGGUCGCCGCACCGCCUGCUGCCCGGCUGGUACGGGGGCGCCGCGCACCACCACCUGCACCACCUACACUUCAACUGCAACUUCGCGCCCUACUUCACGCACUGGGACCGGGCGCUGGGCACGCUGCAGGCCGCGCGGCGCCGGUGACGGGCGGGGGCGCGGGGACACCUCCACCUGGACGCCCGCCCGGGGACACCCGCCGCCGGCCCGCGCUGCUCCCGAGACACAGACACUCUCUGGGCACAAAGGACCGGCCGACUCCAGAUGCCAAAGUCAAGUCGCCUUCUGUCUGUAUCUCUCCUUGGGCGCCUCCUCUUCUUCAGUGGCUUUGACUCCCGGAUUUUCAUCAGACCUCUGUUGCCGCCACAGUCAAACUGUCUCCCAAGUGAAUGACUUGUACAAUAAGGUAUUGCUUGUGUUGGAAAGAUGGAGUUUUUCCGUAUUUAGUCUAAAAGGAAUCUCUGAGUCUAUAAUAAUGACAUAGUUUCCUGCGGGACGGAGACUAAGAUUAUUGUCUAUUUUUCUAUUCUUCGUGGAACUGGAAAGAGAGGCUACUUUCACUUGUAAGAAGUAAAAGGAAACGAUAGAGACUAAACAAA